UUCAUGUAUUUUAAGAUGAGAUAUAAAAAAGGCAAAAAUCCAUAUAAAAAUUUUAAUUAACAAACAAACAAAUUCUACAUAAUUAAAAUGCUUUAAAAAAUUUUCAUUCUAUCUCUCAUUUCAGUAUAAUUAUAAUUAGUUUUAGCUAGUCCUGGAGUACCUGUUCGUUGUGGUAUGUCUAAUGAUUCUAAAUCGUGUGGUACUUCUGGCGGAAGUAGUUGGGUUAGUUCUGAUGGUGGCUUAUUCUAUAUCGCAGAUUGUUCUAAUAUAGGUACUUUGAGCUAAGCAUUUGACACUAUUUGCGCUUCUUGCUUUUCAGGAAGCCUUUAAUUUGUUAAUAGCAAUUAAGAUGGUUGCUAAAGUACCCCUUCUAUGGUAGGCGAUAAUGCUCCAUGCUAAAAAGAUGGUGUUUGUUCUUAUAUUACUUGUGGUAGUCCAUAGGCUUUUAAUUGGUUAAAAUCUAAUGGAGAUACUAAAAAUUGCUAUAUUUAAUCAUUACAAGCUCUUCCUAAUAUUCCAGUUGGCUUUUCUAUAUUAAAUGACUAUAUGUGUCAAUCAGCUGAUGGAGCUACUUAUUUUGCUAACUCUUAUGGUUCUUAUUGCGUUGAAACUUCAGCCAGUUGCUCAAGAAAUAAAAAUUGGAAUGAUAAAGAUUGUAAUAUUUGUAAUGCAAAUGGAGCAAACUCAGCAAAUAUUUAUGCUUCUUCAGAUUAAACUUAAUGUACAAAUACUGUUUCAGCAGGUGUUAAUGUUCCAUGUUAAACUGGCGGUAGCUGCUCUAACUGUAACUCCCCUACAGGUUUCGCUUUUUCUAAAUCCACAAUAAGUGGAGAUAGCUCUAAUUGUUUUGUAACUUCUUGUUCAGCUACUGUUUUUCCUACUACAGGAUUGAAUGAUUACUUCUGUAGUUCAUGUAGUAAAUCUAAUAAAUUUGCUAAUUUAGCAGGAACAGCUUGCCUAAACAUUCAAUAAAGUUGUACUAGAACAAGUAAUUGGUUUGAUUCAGAUUGUGAAAAAUGCAAUGCAGGUACUGCAAAUGCAGCAAAAAAGUAUGCUUCCGCAGAUUAAAAAAGCUGCAUCGAUUCUCUUCCAUCCAUUCCAGGUAAUCUAGUACCCUGCUAAACUGGAGGUAGUUGUAAUAGUUGUAGUGCCCCAACUGGAUUUACUUUCACUAAAUCUACAGCUAGUAGUGAUAAUACAAAUUGUUUUAUUACAUCUUGUUUAGCAACUUCAAUACCAAUUACAAAUUUAUCUGAUAAUUAUUGCGGCUCAUGUAAUAAAGCUAAUUAAUUUGCUAAUUCUUAUGGUACAGCUUGUGUAAACAGUAAAAGUUCAUGUUCUAAAAAAUAAGGUUGGACUGAUGAAGAUUGUUAAAUAUGCAAUGCAAAUGGUAGUAGUUCUACAAAUUUGUAUGCGAGCUAAAAUAAAACGUAAUGUGUUUCUAUAAAACCUACAUCCUCUGCAUCAUAACUGAUGGUAUUUAUCGGUUUAAUAGUUUUUUCCAUCCUUUUUUGA